UCAAAGUUGACCAGCAGGGCUGUCAUGUCUUUGUUGCCUCUGUUGUGAAUAGAAGAGCGGCAUUUAUGGAAAAAUAACACUUACAUGUACAGAAGAAAGUAAAUAAAACCCUACCCACAACAGUCAAACCACCCAAAAGAUGGAGGACAAGCUGAAUGGAUUCCCUGUUGUGUCCCCGGAGUAUCUUCAGCAGUGGGUUCAGUCUGCACAGCAGUUUCAGGCUCUCCAGGCACACCAGGCACAAUAUUCAGGCUACGACCACAACCAGCAGUCCCAUUACCCCGAGGGGCCGAACGGAGAGGCAGCCAUGGCUCACAUGGCGUAUCCAGAACCCAUGAUGGAGGAGCAGGAGCCGGAAAGCAUCGCAAAACCCCCACCCAAAAAAAGAGGCAGAGCAGCUCAACCUAAGGAACCCAAGGCCCCCAAACCCCCCAAAGUCCCCAAGGCACCGAAGGAACCAAAGCCACCGAAGCCUCCUAAAGAUCCAAAGGCACCGAAAGCCAAACCGGGCCCGAAGCCCAAGAAGGGAGCCGAGGUUUCAGCAGACGGAAAGCAAGAGAAGAUCGACGAGAGCUUCAAGAAGGUGAAGAGGAAACACGACCGCUUCAAGGGAAUGUCCGAGGAGGAAGUCAUGACGAAAACUCUCCCCGACCUGCUGGAUUACAACCUGGACUACGUCAUUAUCGGUAUUAAUCCAGGACUGAUGGCAGCUUACAUUGGACGGUGGUUCCCGGGUGGUGGAAAUCAUUUCUGGAAGUGCCUGUUUCUGUCUGGAUUCACUAAGGAGCUUCUGAACCACACGUCCGACACCAUCCUGCCUGUCAAAUACAAAAUGGGCUUCACCAACAUGGUUGCCAGGGCGACGCCAGGCAGCAAAGACCUCUCAACUAAAGAGUUUCGUGAAGGAGGCCAAAUUCUCGUAGAGAAGCUGAUUAAAUACAAGCCUCUUAUUGCUGUUUUUAAUGGAAAAUGCAUCUAUGAAAUGUUCUGCAGGGAGAUGUUUGGUAAAAAACCAAAGAAACUAGAUUUUGGUCUGCAGCCGCACAAGAUCCCCGACUGUGAAGUGGCUCUGUAUCUGAUGCCUUCGUCCAGCGCUCGCUGUGCUCAGUUCCCUCGCGCUCAGGACAAAGUUCACUUCUACAUCAAACUGAGGGAGCUCAGAGACGAGCUGAAGGGUCUCCAAAAGAGCAAAGAGAUCGAGGAGAUUGAUUACAGAUUCGACCUGAAAUUGGCCAAGGAGGACGCCAAGAAGGCGGCGAUUAAGGAGGAGCAGUACGACCCGGGUUAUGAGGAUGCGUACGGAGGAGCGUACGGAGAGCAAGGACCUGACGGAGAACCGGUCCCACCCCCGACCAACGGUCACUGCACAUUCUCCACUGCAGAAAACACAGAAGGAGCGCAGGAGGCGACCACGUCACAGAUCCCAGAGGGCCAGCUGCCUGACGGACAGUGGAUGACUCAGUCCUUCGCAGAUCAGAUCCCAGACAUCAGCGGGGGACCAAAGGACGCCGCCGUACAAUGAAAAGACUGAUUUCUCCAGUUUUUUCUUUCAUUAGUGUCCGAGUGGAGUAUACACACUUAGAUGGACUUUUUUUUUUAGAGAUCUUGCAGAAUAUCUUUUCUGCACUUUUUAUUUUGUUUGUGAUCUUGUAUUCCUGUUUUUGAUCAUCUUCACGGCAGUCUUUUUAAAUAUGUGAAAUCAGGGACUUGACAAUGAUGCAUGACUGUCCUCGGAGAAGGUCGUGUUAUUAAGCGUUUGUUUUGCCUUCGUACUGUACCAUACUGCACUGUGAUGCAGUAAGAGGAACCUUCACGUCUACUGUUUCGACAGCAGAUUAACAACCAUGUUACUUUAAAAGCUUGAUUUAUCAGUGUGAGCAUUUAUGAUCCUUAAUGAGGAUUUAGCUAGCAUUAAUGUUUCAAUUCAUGGUGCUAUGAACUGACCACAGUGCAUCACUCAAAGAAAAACACAUGUUUUCAACAGAAGGGGAUUCCUGGCAAGCCUUUCAAUAUAAUGUUACAGUUAUAUUUUAAUCUUUGACCACCAAAUUCUUUUGCUUUUAGGAAUUAUAGGAUUGUUUUGUAUGUUGAUGAAAAUGUCAUUCACAUGGAAUUUUAUGAAACAUUUGUCCAUUAAAUGUCUUGAUGAGGCUUUUUCUAUA